AUGGGUUAAACUGUAGCAAGGGAUUUAGGUUUACAUCAAAGCGAAGAAGAAUUUGAAAAAAAUGAGAAGAUUAAAAAAAUUAUAGAAGAAAUGAUGAGAAAGAAAUAAAACACAAAUUAAUCUCAAAGUAUACAACGGAGUAAAUUUAUGACAGAGAAUGUAGAAGAAGAUGAUGAAGAAGAAGAUGAACUUGAGGAUGAUGAUGAUGAAGAUGAUGAGGAAGAUUUUUCUAUUGAUGAUUCCAAUUAUCAGCAUUAAAAAAAAGGUGUUAUUAGUUCAGAUUCCUCUAUGAGGUAGGAUAGCAAUUAAAUAAGUUAAAAUAAUAUCAAGGCUAAUCCUAAUAGUUAAUACUCGCGCCCAUUUUAAUCUAUAAAAAUAAAUAAUUUAUAUGGAAAUACAAAUGAAGACGAAGAAGAGGAAGAUCAUGAGCAAGAAAUGCUUAAAGAUAUGAGUGAUGAUGAUGAAAUUGAGGCUAACUACAAUGAGCAAAAAAAUCUAAGUAAAUAGAACUCGUAAGAAAAAUACAAAAAAAAUAUUCAUAACAUCAACAAAGAUGACCACACCAUAAACUAAAACAGAAAUACUGAAACUCAAAUUAAAUUCUAAUCAGUAUUUAAUAAGGACUUUGACUUUACUAUUUAGUCAGAAUCUGAGUAGAGCUAGUUUGGAGCUGUCUUUUCAUCUGAUUCAGAACCAGAAGAGUAAUCUGCUCCUUCAGAUAAAAUACGUUCUGGGUAAAUUGAUUUUCCUGACAAAGAUAAACUUAAAGUUGAAGAGGAUGAUGGAAAGUUAAAAAGUCCAGGAGUACUUACAAAAGAAAGAAGCAGUAGAAGAACCAGUUAAAAAUCUAAAAAUAUGUAAAGUUCGAAAGGAAAACAAUAAUCUUCUAGUCAUUUUUUCCCUUCUCAAAGAAACACAAAACAUGAUUCUGUUAAAAAAGAUUAUGAAAAAUAUUUAACAGAAUUCUUCCCUGAUAGGAAAUCACAAAGAGUAGAUAUGUGA